GGGUGGGUCCCGUUGGACUUGGAAUGUGGUGACGUUGUGGAGCCUUGGACGGUUGGCGGUGCGAGCGGCGGCUUCUUUGUUGUCGGCGAGAGAGAGAGAGACACACGCACACAGUGAGAGAGAUGAACGUGGACCGGAUUGAGCUGUGUGAGAGCCUGUUAACCUGGGUCCAAACAUUUGGUGUGCAGGUGCCAUGCAAGAAAAUAGAAGAUUUGACAAGUGGAGUUGUGAUGGCGCAAGUCCUACAGAAAAUAGAUCAGUCAUGGUUUGAUGAUACUUGGAUAAGCCGUAUCAAGACAGAAGUGGGGGAUAACUGGCGACUAAAGGUUAGCAAUUUGAAGAAAAUUUUAAAAGGAAUUCUGGAUUACUAUCAUGAGGUCCUGGGACAACAGAUUACUGAUUUCCCUCUGCCAGAUGUUAAUUUAAUUGGAGAACACUCUGAUGCAGCAGAACUUGGACGAAUGCUGCAGCUCAUUCUUGGCUGCGCUGUCAACUGUGAGCAGAAACAGGAACAAAUUCAAACUAUUAUGAUGAUGGAAGAGUCUGUUCAGCAUGUUGUCAUGGCUGCCAUUCAGGAGCUUAUGAGUAAAGAAACUCCAGCAUCAGUUGGGAAUGAUGCCUAUCUGGACCUUGAUCGCCAGUUGAAGAAAACCACUGAAGAGUUAAAUGAAGCUUUGGCUGCCAAAGAGGAAAUUUCACAAAGAUGUCAUGAGCUAGAUAUGCAGGCAUACCUUUCUCGAGAUGUGAUUGCUAGACUGAGAUUAGAGUGCAGUGAACUAGAAGAAAGGGUCGCAGCUCUACAAGAAGAAAAAGGCAGUUUAUUAGUAGAAAAUCAAGUUCUUAUGGAGCGCCUCAACCAAUCUGAUUCUAUUGAAGAUCCCAACAGCCCAGCAGGACGUAGGCAUCUUCAACUGCAAACCCAGUUGGAACAACUACAAGAGGAGACCUUUAGAUUGGAAGCAGCAAAAGAUGAUUAUCGGAUUCGUUGUGAGGAACUUGAGAAAGAAGUCUUAGAAUUACGACAGCAGAAUGAAGAGCUUACUAGCCUCGCAGAAGAAGCCCAGUCUUUAAAGGAUGAGAUGGAUGUCCUUAGGCAUUCUUCUGAUAAAGUGAGUAAAUUGGAGGGCAUGGUAGAGUCAUACAAAAAGAAGCUAGAGGAUCUGGGUGACUUGCGUCGACAGGUGAAGCUCCUUGAGGAAAAGAAUACAAUGUACAUGCAGAACACAGUCAGUCUAGAAGAGGAGUUACGGAAAGCAAAUGCUGCACGAGCACAACUGGAAACGUACAAGAGACAGGUUGUUGAACUUCAAAACAGGUUGUCUGAGGAGUCAAAAAAGGCAGACAAAAUGGAGUUUGAGUAUAAAAGAUUGAAGGAAAAAGUGGAUACUCUUCAAAAAGAAAAAGAUAGGUUAAGAACAGAGAGAGAUUCUUUAAAGGAGACGAUUGAAGAACUGCGGUGUGUUCAGGUGCAUCAAGGCCAACUUACAGCCGGACUUAUUCCAAUUAACAGUCAAGAGGCAUCAGAUAGUUUAGCAGCAGAGAUAAUAACACCUGAAAUCAAGGAGAAACUUAUCCGGCUACAACAUGAAAAUAAGAUCCUGAAGUUGAACCAAGAAGGAUCAGAUAAUGAAAAGAUAGCUUUACUUCAAAGUUUAUUGGAGGAUGCCAACAGAAGGGAGAGUGAACUGGAGACAGAGAAUAGGCUAGCCAAUCAGAGGAUUUUGGAAAUACAGUCUCAGGUUGAAGAACUUCAGAAGGCAUUACAAGAUCAGGGCUCAAGAGCAGAAGAUUCAAUUCUUCUGAAAAAGAAAUUGGAAGAACAUUUGGAGAAACUACAUGAAGCCCACACUGAGCUUCAGAAGAAGCGAGCGUACAUUGAUGAUUUGGAACCAAAAUACAAUAACAGCUCUCAAAAGAUUGAAGAGCUUCAAGAGGCCCUGAGAAAGAAAGAUGAAGAUAUGAAGCAAAUGGAGGACCGAUACAAGAAAUACCUAGAAAAGGCUAAGAGUGUUAUCAGAACCUUGGACCCUAAACAGAACCAGGGAGCAGCCCCAGAAGUUCAAUCUUUAAAAAACCAGCUGCAAGAAAAGGAGCGAAUGUUGCAUUCCUUAUCGAAAGAGUAUGAGAAGACAAAGAUUCAGAGAGAUCAUGAGGAGAAGCUGAUUGUUAGUGCAUGGUAUAACAUGGGAAUGGCUCUUCAUAAGAAAGCAGCAGAAGAAAGACUUGCCAGUACUGGCUCAGGACAGUCCUUCCUAGCUAGACAGAGACAGGCAACAAGUACACGGCGGCCUUACCCUGGGCACGUUCAACCAGCUACAGCAAGUAUUUCAGCUAUCAGCAUUUUCUAUCAUGAAAAAAGACCAUUCAACCAUCAAAUCUGCUCUUUCUGGGACAACAACACUUCUAUCACAGCAUCCAGCUCUAUUUGGAACAAACCUAAUAUUUUAGCCUUUUCUACCUUGCCUGGCAUAUUAUUUCAAACAUUUAUUACUCUUUAAGAGAAAUACUUCUAUCUGAUCCCUAUUUUAGAUUUAUUUUCACUCAUUUCCACUUGCUUUCCAUCUUUCUGAAAUCGCAAUAUGAACUUAUGUUCCUGUGCUAUAUACUUUGUGGUCUGCUUUGAUAGGCUUAUUUCCAGACCAUAAAAGUGAAGCUUCUCUUGUUUUUCAUUGGGAUUGGUCUCCUUUCUACUGUAUCCUUCACAACAUAAAUAUGUAUCUCUCUUUGUGGUGUGCUGCUGAGAACUGGAUACAGUAAUUUAAAUAUAAACACACAAAAUGCCAGAAACACUCAGGUCGAGCAACAUUUGUGGAGAGAAGCAGAGUUAGCACUUUCCGUCAACGACCUUUCAUAAAGAGUUUAAUUUCGGGCAUCUGCAGUAUUUUGCCUUUGUUUUACAGUAAUAUAAAUUGUGGUCCCACCCGUAUAUUGGAACCCUUUAUAACAACUCCAUGAAUUUCCACUAAUUCUCUUAUAUAACCUAUUCAAAAUAUUUGGUCAUACUGGCUAGAAGUUGGAAAUGGUGUGUCUACUCUUUCCUUGGGUCCUUUUCUAAAUAUUUGUGUGAGCUCAACUAAGGUCAUUUAAUAUUUAUAUAUUAUUUUUGACCUAUGCAUUGACCAUUAGCCAGUCUUGACUCCUUUUGGAAACCCUGAGCUUUGUUCUUGUCUCUACUGUUUUAGAGAGAGCCCUACAAAUUUGAUCCACUUACUGUUUAUCCUGGAUUUUCAUAGCUUUAAGUUUAAUCAUAUAGAAAAGUACAGCGCCCACAAAGACUAUACUUCCUCUAGCUGGUCCCAAAAUGUUUAUCUAAUUUUUAGCAUCCUCAAAAAGGUUUGUCAGGAAUGAUUUCAAAAGGGAAUUGGAUGGGCACUUGAAGAAAAUUAACCUGCAGGGCAAUGGGGUUCAAGCAGGAUGUGGGACUGACUGGAUUGCUCCAUGGGGUGCUGGCAUGGAUUCAACGGGCCGAAUGGCCUCCUGUGCCUUAAAUGAUUCUGACUCUAGGGCCCUACCUUUCUAAAUCCAUGCCUGUUGUUCUAAUGAAGCUAUUGCUAUACGGGUUCUCUUCAACCUGCCCCUUCAAUAAAGACAUACUUCUGCAUAUAUACUUGACUGCAGUAUAGUUCGAUAGUGAGAAAAAUGAUCUGGUUUACAGUUCAGGUAUAUUUCAUUGCUUAAACUAUGUGUUCUAUAGAAAGCAGUCUGCUCAAAAACGAGCUGAGUGAAGAAAUUCUUUGUAAUUUUUGAGCAGACAAAUAAAAUCUAUAACUCCUGUUCUUGAAACACAUGUAUAGAAAGAUUUACUGUGUUUCAUUUCUUCCUAUGACUAAGGUAUGUGAAGAUAUUUGAAACUUUCAAGCCUUGCAUUAAAUCGGUGUUAUUUUACAAUAUAUUUGGAUAAUUCACAAAUUAAAAUAUUGCUGUGUUUCUACAAACUAUAUAUGAGCUUCCAACACUUGCUUCACAAUGGCUUGGGUAGCAGAAAUUAUGAAUGAGACAAUUUGCCAUAAAUGAAUUAACAUUUACAUUAUGAAAACUAUGCAUUAGUACUGAAUGUUAAUGCUGCCCUUAAUUAUCAAUAGGUGCGUCAUUCAAACAAAACUAUCCUCUUCAUUUAUCAGUUAUUGUUGUUGCUUACACAGGUUACAUUACACUCAGUAAUAAUUCUGUCAUAGCACCUGGUUUGGAAAAUAAAUUUUCACUUGCUCAUUUUUGAACUAUUAAGACAGCGUAUUAAUGCAAAAGAAUAUAAUGACAAGCAUGAUGAGUUAGAUAGUGUCCACUGCAAUAAAUUUAACUUAUAUUUAUUUUGGAACUAUUAAUCAUACCAAUGGUUAUCAAACCUAGUAACACUAACCCCACCCAGUAGAUACUAUAUGAAAGUCACACAAAUUAAUGUAUUUGUCAUUUAGUUCCUUUUUCCUUUAAUAAUGUGUUCUUGUUUUUCAUUUGCAGUGACGUGAUUGCAUGAUCUGCAGCAUGGCUUUCCAGCACUGGCUGUUUAUUUGCAUGACUUUGAGUUUGGAUGCAUAAUCUAUUAACCUGCUGCUGUUUCAAUUUUCUAACCUGCCUAUACAACAAAUGUAAUGGCUCCAGGUUCUCUCUUGAUCUAAUCUGUAAGUUUGGACAUAUUACUAGAAGGAACUGGGGGAGACAAUGGUUUAGCACACUGCUCUUUUCUGGAACCUGGUGUCAAUCUAACAGAGACUGAUGGUCUUGUCUUUCUACUAGCAAUUGAUAUUAAUUUGAAUAUGCUGAAUCUAGUUCCACAUGGGUCCAUGGUGCAAAACUGCCUGUCGUUUUGGCACUAAAUGGUCAAUCUAAGAUGCUGUGAAAAUGACUAGGAUAAAAUAUAGAGUACGUCAAACUGAUGCAUUAGCGGGGUGCUGUUGUUGGACAAAAUAGAACAGGUUUUCUGUUCCUGAUGGUGCAUACACUGGUUGUCCAAAGUGGAAUCAUGAUUCCACUAGCACUGAAUGCCAACCUGAGUGCACAAAUCUUAUUUAAGUUUAUUUUCUGUAAUGCAUGUACCCAUGAUACCAUCUUGUGACAUUUGUAAACCAGUUUGGUAAACUUUUGAGUAUGGGCUGUCCACAAUUAAGCUUAUUUAAGAUGUACAACGAAAAAGCUUGUAAGAACAUCAAGCACCUUAGUACUAACAUGAAUGUCAAAAGCUCUAAUAGCUUAUCAUUUGCUUAGGCUGCUUUUGAUUUACUUUUCCCUGGCUUUUGUUAUAACAUAUUCCUGUUUAUUAUCUAAUAAUUUUCUGCUUUGACUACUUUGUUCUGCAAAUGGAAAGAAAAGCCACAUAGUGCAAGAUUUUAGGCUUUGCACAAUAACAUAGUAUUAUUGUAUUUAUUUACCUUUUUGUAUUUUGACAUGCAGUAUUUCAGGCACGACAUUGGAUUAAGAAAAUUUUUUUUUGUGUCCCAUAACAUGUUAAAAUUGUUAGUGUUCAUUAUGUACUUGAGUUUGUCCUCUGCUUUAAUUACAUUGUGUAACUGCCAAUCUACAUGCUGCUUAUAUAAAUUAUGUACAUACUAUAAACCAACAGAACUGGGUUCAGGAAAUGUUCACAAAGUGAAUAAUAUGCUACAACAAUAUCUUUCCUCAAUGUAUCUUUGACCCAAAUGCUCCACAUGCUGCAAAAAAUGUACAGUUCAAUAUAUUGUAAAUAAAAGUCUGUCAAUAGUUCA